AUGUUUUGGUGCUGCGCGCGGGAUGAUGCCGCUGUCACCCUGGCCCUGGACAAUGCAAAUGCAAGGCCAACGGUUCCAGUCGCGCUUAGUGACGAGCUGGUGCUCCGGCUGAACAGCGACGAGCUGAAGCGCUUGGACCUGGAUCUCUCUGAUCCAAAGUGCAUCAUCCUGGCCAGUUGCGAUGGAGCAGCUGCGGACUGGAAUCAAAGGAGUCCAAAUCAGAUCUUUCCUUUUGAUCGCAUUGUGAAGAUCGACGGCAAGCAAUGUGAAUCGCAAGACUUUCUGGACAUCCUUUCGAGGGAUAAAGGCAGCUUGGUAGAACUGUCUGUGGAAAGACCACUCAAGCAUCUCUUGUACCUGAAGAAACCAGGUCGCUUGGGUCUGGAUCUGAUGUUUACCAAAGUGGAUGCCAAACCCUGGCGCGCAUCGGUGAAGCCCUGGAUCGCUUCUAUCAGCAACGACGGCCUUGUGGCAGAGUGGAACGCCAGCAUGCCCGAACUCGCAAUUAGCGAGCACGAUCGCAUCAUCAGCAUCAAUUCUAAGGCUGGAUCACCAGGCGAGCUUGUGGAUGUCCUGAGUGCAGCCGAAGUCAUUGAGAUGGAGGUUUUACACUACAACUUCUGA